AUGAUUUGAUUAUAAACAGACUGUUUGAAAGUAACUAAUUCUUAGUUUAACUAAAACAAUUUUUAUCAUAAGACAAUUGUUUUUGAAAAAUGUACGAUGUAAGCUGAUUACUAUAAGCUCUUACAAAUCAAGCAUUGUGUAAUUGGACACAAAAAUAAUGCAUACCAAAAUAUUUGUGUUCAUUUUGCUCCCCUGUUUGGCUUUUUGUAGUCUGACUCUUAACUACAGCACCCCUUUUUGCCUUACAUCGGGGGGAACUUUUCAACCCAACUGUCCAUCAUUUUCGUUUAGCAACAUCGAAGAGGUAUUUAUCGGCCGCUCAUUUCCAGGUAUUUGUGGCUUCGAGGAAGGAGACGAGGAAUCGUGCAACUAUGAUGAGGAAAAUUUGGACACCCAAAUAGAAAAUCUUAAAUAUGAGAUUUACUCUAACUGCCAUCACAAACAAUCAUGCAGUGUGUUUUUGCCAGGUGUUGCUACUGAAUUUUGUGAGCAAACAGCCUACGUUCAGAUAGCCUACUACUGCUGGACUGAAAACGAUAUCAUUGGAACCCAAUUUCAAAUCAGCCGUCAGUUUGGCGGUAAUGCUUGUUUUCUGCCAAGUGAGAAUUCGGUCAGCUGUUCUGAAGGAACAACAGUCAACUUCGAGGAAAUUAUUGCACAGGUGUACCAAUCGGACGACUGUAGCGGUACGCCGAUUUGUACUGUUAACUCGACUGCUCCGAGCACGUUAGUUCCGAUCAUCGAAAACUGUAUGGGCAAGCAGAGUUGCUCAUUUGUUGAGACUUUUCAGGGCGAUUCUCAUGAAGUUUUGGGGUGCAAUGGAAUAUCUCUCAGAAAUGCUGGAAGCGUAAGUCGCUCUCGUAUCUCCGCCAUGUGUGAGGGGGAAUUCAACAUUGUCGAAGAUAGAAUAUCAACCAAUGAUAUGUGCAUUGGGGUGGGCAUAAUGUUGGAACCCAUCUACUUAGAGGGAAGAGUAGAGGGGAGCAAAUGUUACCGGGAGUACGUUGACUGUCAAGGAGAAGAAGUUCAGAAUGGCCUUGAAGUUUGUCCAACCAACCAACUUUUUGACUUCACCACACGAUCUUGCCAAGAUGAAGACAGUUUCUACUGCACUGCCUUACCACCUGUCAACUUAACCGCAACACCUGUGAGCUCAUCUGAGAUCCGAAUCACGUGGGACAUGGAUCCUGACUCAACUGCGGAUAGAUUUACAGUCAAGACAGAAAGCGAAGAUGGUUCUCGAGAUGACCCUGACAAAAUACCUGUCGACUCAAACGCUCGUGAUUUAGUUAUAGGUUCGCUAAGAGCAAAUGUUCGUUAUACCAUUUCAAUACAAGCUCAUGAGUCGAUUUACGACAGUAUCUGGACUGAAACAUCAGCGUACACUUACCCUUCAAAUCCAGAUAUAAGUGUAGGCAGUGUGAGUCCCAGUGUUGUAACCUUUCAAGCCCAAAUUAAUUCGCAAGAAGUUGACGUUAUAGUAAUCAAUCAAACUAUUCCAACUCCUGACCCGCCAAGAACAAUAGAAAUUUCGGCACCUGGAUCAUCAUUUUUUGUUGACAAUUUGGAAGCUGGGACAGUGUACACGUUCAAUAUAGUGUACAAAGGUACCGAUUCCGGACUAACAUCACUUUCGGAACAAGACAUACGAGUGGUCACAAAACCAAAUCCAGUCUCAGAUUUGCUCGUUGAAAACAACAACCGAACAGACCUUUUGGACCUUUCCUGGGUUUACACUGGAAACGUUGAUUCAUUUUUGGUUAAACUUCGUGUUCUAAGCAGUAAGGCUUUGAUUUUUGAGAAUCAAAAUGUUAACUGGACUCUAAGAAGCCUGGAACAAGAUGGUCUGACACCAGGAGAAACGUAUGAAUGUCACGUGAUCGUGCGUUACCAGGGAAGAAUCAGUGUACUUACAGAAAAGGCCGGCCAAACCAUUCCUGAUAGGGGAAACAUUGAAUUUCUGAGCCAAUCCGAUGUUUCGAUUGCAGCCAGUUGGUCUUACUCUGGAAUCGCGACCAGUUUUGAGCUGGAGUUAUUCAACGCUGAUAACGAAAAGAUUGAUGAAGCAGUUGUCAAUCAUCCAAAUACGAAUCACAAUUUUGUAGGUUUGCAACCAGCGACCGGAUACUUUGUUGAAAUGCGAGUUGUCAGCGGAGACUUGAGGUCAAACUUACCAAGGGUUAAAACUGUUCUGGGCUUCACAGACCCCAGAAUUGUCUCAAAUCUUAGGGCAAGACCGAUUUCUAAUACAUCUAUUGUUAUAACAUGGGACCAUGAAGCAUCGGCCGAAAGAUACCAAAUUGGCUACAACAGUGAAAUCAACCCAACCUUCCAGGAUUUACAAUAUGAACCAAAGAUAAAUAAUGGCAGUCUUUCCUACACUUUCGAAAAUCUGCAGCCGGCAACUAGACACAGACUACGAGUGAUUACGGAAGCCAAUCAGCAACGAAGUGACGCUGUCGAAACUAACUCCGCCACACUUCCCAACGACCCCUUGAAUCUUCAGGUCACCGACAAUGACGGGACUAAACUGACCCUAACUUGGGACCACUUGGGGCACAGUUCCUAUUUCAUUGUGGAGUACAGAAACCUGGACUUUGAAAACGAACAGUUUUCAGCCGAUUCCGAAGCGAGUUCAUUACGAUUGGAGAAUUUGAGAAUUGGGACCGACUACAACUUCAGAGUGUGGGCUGUUUUCAUAGAUUUCAACAGCAGCGGGUAUGCCUCAUUGGAUUAUCAAGUGCCCUGUGAGUUGAAGCAGGAUAAAUGGAGUGACGGAACUCAUGGCAAUUGGAUGAUCUUCUUAAUCGUCUACUCAUUGAUCGUGACGAUUCUUCUCAUCGUCAUUGUGGUCACAGUCGUCUACUGUUUCCUCAAAUACGACUGGGAAACUGAGGGUGGAAUCAGCACCAUCGGUUCAACAGGCAGAUCCUACUAUGUGGGCGACGAUAAGCCAAUAGACAACGAGUACAGCCAAUUUCAAAUGCGACAAUCCCACGUCAGUGAUGGCGAAAACCCAUCAACAAGGAAGGAGUACCCGAGCUUUUCGGAUAUGGUUGGACCCGAACAGUCCACUCGUUUCGACGAGAGCGAGGACGAAAAAACUGAAGUGGUACCAGAAGAAAAACCGAGACGAGUGUCGAGUUCGUCAAACAAUAAGGUUCCUGGAAUUCCAACCGUGGAUUACGAUAUCGAAGACGAAAAUUCUGUUGAAUAAUCAGCUGCUGAUAUGACCAACUAUUCUCAGGGAAUGGCGCCUGUUUUAUUUUGUACAUUGUGUAAAUAGUUAGUAAAUCUGAAAGUUCUGAAUCACAGCAAAAUUAUCAAUUAAAAUGUGCAUAUGCGAUUCUCAAAAAAAUCAAGUUAAGAAUAGCAG